AUGGCUUCAUGGUAUCGAAGAGAAGAUCCAUUUCCUUAUGAAACAACUGAAUUAAUCGUAAGUGGCAUUAUACCUAUGAUUCUUAUUGUAAUUGGGACUUUCGGUAAUCUUAUAUCUGUGAUCAUUUUACUUAAUCAACAAAAUCGUGGAACAUCAACCAAUAUCUAUUUGAUAUUUUUAUGUCUUAUGGAUACAAUAUCACUUUAUCAAUGGAAUUUAAAACAUGCUGUAUAUACAAUUACAGCUGGUAGACAAGAAGUAUGGGGAGGAUCAGUACUUCAUUGUCAAUUGAGUCAAUUUUUUGCUUUUUACACUUUACAUACAUCAGCUAUGUUUCUCACUUUUGUACAACUUGAUCGAGCUUGUUUAUUACGUAGUAGAUGGUAUAAAACAAAAAUAGCUCAACCACGUGUAGCAUUAAUCAUUUGUGCUAUUAUUCUACUCGUUCUAUUUGCAUUGAAUGGAUUUUUAUUUGGAUUAGGUUUUGAAUAUUCUAUCUACAAUAAUACUACAGAUAAUCAUGAAACAUUUGUAGUAUGUUAUUAUUCAUUGAUUCCACAACUCAAUGAUUUCUUUAGUUUACAUUAUGCAUGGGUAAUGAAAAAGCUGAUCAUUAAACAAACAUAUACAAAUAAUCAAUUAGCAAUCAGUGCUCAACGCAAUCGUCGUAUUUCAAUAAUGCUUGCACUCAUGUGUUUUACUUAUAUUAUUACCACUUUACCUAAUCGUCUUUGUUUUUCAGUUUUUGGGAAUCAGAUUAUUGGUCAUGAUUAUGCAGAUACAGUAUUUCUUGCAACGAAUACAUUAAUGUAUACAAGAAAUGCGUUGAAUGCAUUUUUUCUUUAUGUAUCUGUAUAUGGUUUUCGACGAGAUGUCCGUCAAUUGACGUUGACAUGUUGGAAAAAAUUAACAGGAGAAGAUGUUCUUCAGGAGAACAACGGUAAUGUUGGCACAAUUAUGCCGCUUCGUGCACCAGCUAGAAGCGCAAUUACUACAAUGCCAAUCAAAAAAACUACUCAUUGA